CUGUUGUAAAAGCUAUUGCUUCUGUAUUUGGUAAGAGGAAAGGAAGUGAAGUGCUAUCGGUAUCAUCUUCAGAUUCAAGUAGUUCAAAUAGUGAGGAUGAAAAAGAAGAUAAAGAGAUAAAUCAGUUAGCAGAAGAGAUAGUAAAAAAAGUAAGUCAGGCAGUAGAAGCCAUAGUAAAAAAAACAAAUCGGCUAGUAGAAGUGGAAGUAGUAGCUCUAGCAGGUCUAGCAGCAGAAGUAGCAACUCAAGCACUAUCUGAUGAAGCUAUUACUAGAUACAACCUUUUAGAUUAUAAAUUUGAUGCAGACUUUGACACUGGAGACAAAGAUUUAUGUAAAGAUAAGAAAA